UAGUCCGCAGUCAAGGUACAUAUGUGCCACUAUCCACUAUGGCUGAUCGGAAAGUAUAAACUAUAGAAUAGUUCGUGUAUUUGUGAAUAUUAUAAACACGAUAAUCCUUCUAAUGUUUUGUAUUCAGUCAAAGAAAUCCUGAAUGGUCCCACUCCCAGACCGAAGCAGACCCGUUCAAAUCUUUAAACGCCAUGUUCGUUACCAUCGCGUUACCAUAUCCACGAGUCAGCUGAUCGCUUCUGUGUCUCGUAGUCUGGAGUAGCGCGAAUUGCCAAGCAUUCAAACUCGAACCUCGUCCAACAAUACUCGUGACUAAUAAUAGCAGGUCGCUAUUCGUGUCACGUCUCAAGCAUCGUUUUCAACUUGAUUUUCGCGUCCGUGGAUUUCUCGUGAAUAACUGUCGGUUUUACGGUAUAAGUGGAGUGGCGAAUCCUAACGAUUCUUUGAGGUUAACACGAAUUCUGUGAAUUUUUACUCGGGUUUGUCACUGCGCGAGCGAAUCUUUAAUCAGUUAUAUUUAAUUAACGAUAUUUAAUUUGUGAUUAUGAACGAGAAAGAUUUACAUUUGGCUAAGGCGAUGAUCGACCUCAAACUCGACGACGGCAAACCUAAGAAGAAUGCUGUGUCCAGGAUGCACGAUAAGCAACAGACCUUCAGCGACAUGCGGACUGAUUGUGAGUUAACUGUCGAGCCUGUGGAGCCGCGAAGGAGAACACGAAGUCUUAAUGCACCCAGUCCUAUACAGCAGUUUGGGCCAUGCGGACGUAUUAUGAAAAAUUCGGCAAUGGUCAUGACUAUCCAAGACCCAGCCUCUCAGAGGUUGACGUGGUACAAGCCACCGCUCUCGGUCCUCGUCAUUAAGAAGAUCCGCGACUCGUCGGUUCUGCCGCCGUUUGUUCAGCUGGUCACGUGGCUGAUAGAGGAAAAAAGAAUGGUGGUCUUUGUGGAGGCCUCAGUCCUGGAGGAUUCGGCCCUGGCACGAGAUCCUAGGUUUCAGGGGGUACGGGACAGAUUACAGACUUUCAGGGACGGUACCGAUGAUCUUCAGGAUCGUAUAGACUUCAUCGUGUGCCUGGGUGGAGACGGUACCCUCCUCUAUGCCAGUCUGCUGUUCCAGCAGUCUGUACCCCCGGUCAUGGCCUUUCAUUUGGGGUCACUAGGCUUCCUCACACCUUUUGAAUUCGACAACUUUCAGGAACAAGUGACCAACGUUUUAGAAGGACACGCAGCUUUGACUCUGCGCAGCAGGUUGCGUUGCAUAAUAAUGCGAAAAGGCGAAGAAGGCCAACCAACCAAACCUCCGACAAAUUUGCUCGUCCUGAACGAAGUCGUAGUUGAUCGAGGUCCGUCCCCGUAUCUCUCGAACAUCGACCUUUUCAUCGACGGCAAGCACGUAACCAGUGUCCAGGGUGACGGUUUGAUAGUCAGCACGCCAACGGGUUCCACGGCUUACGCCGUAGCAGCUGGUGCAAGCAUGAUUCAUCCGUCGGUACCGGCCAUUAUGAUUACACCGAUUUGUCCACAUUCGUUAUCCUUCAGACCCAUCGUUGUACCUGCUGGAGUUGAGCUCAAGAUAAUGGCGAACAGCAAGGCUCGCAGCACAGCCUACGUCUCCUUCGAUGGUCGAAAUCAGCAAGAACUGCGCGUUGGGGACAGUUUAAGAGUGACAACCUCAAUAUAUCCAGUGCCGAGUAUUUGCGCUGCUGAUCAGAUAACGGAUUGGUUUGAUUCUCUGGCGGAAUGUCUACAUUGGAAUGUACGAAAACGUCAGAAGCAUCUGGAUGAGCUGAGCGACCUGACGCACUCGUCGAGCAAUGACACUCUGGACUCUCUGGAUCGCGAUAGUUAAGGACCAAAUUCGCCAUUUUAUAUCACGAAUAGCAGAAUCCGAUGCGCUGAGAAUUUUGCGCUAAGUCAGUUGAACCUCGCGACUGCGUCUUUCUAUAUUGUAUUUCUAUAGUAUUACAACGACACGGGAAGAAGAAAAACAAAAAAAGCGUAAGAAGCGAUAUGGAAAUAUUGUAUUUUUACAGACAAUGGCGCAAUGAUCGUAUCAUUUUGUCGUUCAAGUGCUUAAUAUUGCGAGGUGGUGUUCAUUGCGGACCAACAUUUUUUAAGAUCGCGCAAAAUGUUGUUCAUCGCGUUCUUAUGAGUUCCAAAAUAAUUGGAGUUAUAUUUUUAAGAAAAAUUGUUGGCAUUGUAUUCGUAUCCUUUGUUUUGGUAUAAUAGUAUUUCCAAGAUCUGGAUAUAAAAAUAAAAGAUACGAGUACAGAACUUUCGUUAUUGCAUUUUUAUUAUAAGCUUCCUUAUUGUAUGUAUUGAAUCGAUUUAUCAAUAAUUUAAUUUAAUUCGAAGCUCUAUCCGAUUGACAUUUGGCAAAGGAUACAUUUCGUUCAUUCUUUAUUUUUCUCUAUGUCCUUAAUUCAUAUAGAAGGAUAUUCUAGUGGGUCGAUUUUUGUUUUUGGAAAUCGACUCGUUUCCAUCACAAUGUGACAAAAUGUCACAAAUCUAUACACGAGGCGUUGCGUGUGACAAGUAAAAUAAAUCUCAAUUUAUCAUAGAUCAGAAUUGAUUAUUUUUAACGAUGACUACAUCUAGAACAAUUUGUUAUAAAUGUGAAUCAACUUUCCUAUUAACGAUUCUUUUUAAUAAAAUAAUUUUUGUACAGAAGUUAUCUAUAGUUGCAGUGAAUUUAUUUUAUAGGAAUUAUUUACUGUUAACAGAUUUUUUAAAGUAAACUUUGCCGUAAUGCAUACUCCUUUUUUUAGGAUCAAUUACACAUUCAGAGAACUCGUGUAUUGCGAAUUUCAAAUAUUACCCUUUAAAAUAGAAUUUGUGUUGAAUUAUUUUCGUUUGAAAAUCAAUACGUUUUGCACAUUAUCUUUAUGUGCUCGUAUGCUUUUAUUGAUAUGUUCAUUUCUUUAAUUUAAAGGAGCACUCAACUAUCAGCUAACGAGCUGCCUGCUUAAUUUAAUCAACCUAGCUAAUUAAAACUGGAUCCCUAUGCUGUUUGUGUUUAGAAUAUAGCACGACCAGUUAUUCCUGUACAGCGAAUGAAAUAAAAUUAUAAGAAAAGGGAAAUAAAUUGUAUAGUAAGACUUUACAAUA